GCAUGACUUGACUUGACUUGCUUGAGUCUCACCACAGUGAACACUUGGGAAUUGCUUGAGACUUGUAAAUGUAUGACUGUAAACAGUAACAUUUUGGAAAGUUCCAUUAAAAGAAAAUUAUUUAUCCCCACAGGUUAUUUUCUUCACUGUGUUUCAUGAGCACUUUAUAGAGGACAAAAUCCGUCAGUUUGUUGAUCUCUGCUCCAUCAGUAAUAUUUCCGUGUUGCUGCUAUCUCACCGUUGUUUUGGCUACUACAUUCACGGGCGAUCAGUACAUGGGCAUGCAGACACAAACAUGGAGGAAAUGAACAACAAUUUGAAUAGAGAAUCUGAGUCCUUGUGUGGUCAGAGAGGUUUACUGCCCAACUCAGACACCCAGACCUUUCAGGUGUCUCUCACCAACCGCCUGCGACUGCAGUAUGACAGGAUACGGGAGCAGAUCGGCAGGAGGAACGGGCCAUCGCGGCUGAUGGACACAUCCUCAGCUAACCAGUUUGAGCAGAGGGCCCGAGGAUACCAGACCAUGAACCACUUCCUGGGAUCCGUUAUAGACCAUGCACAUCCUGACAUGGACUAUAUAGUGAGAGACAAGCUGAUGUUUGAAAGGGUCAUAGGGAUGGAGUUCCUCGAACCCAGUGAAAAAAGCAUCUUUUACAAUGAUGAGGCCCACACUUUCAGUGACGUACUGUUUUAUGGAAAUGAGGCUACGCUGCUCAUUUUCGACACUUUGUUUUUCUGUGUCGUUGACCUCGGGUCUCAGAGCUUUGUGCUUGCAGCUGUGCUUACAUGCGUACAGCAAAUAAUAUUUCGCUUGAUCCGUAACACUCUGGGAAGGAAGAACCUCGUCAACAAGACUCUGGUGGAUGAGAGAUUUUUGAUAUGAAAUGACCUGCUAAGUGAUUGGUAGUGUCAGUGUUGUUUAGUGGCAUUCCUCUCGACGAUGUUUACUGUUCACAGCUUGUGCAGCUCUUUUUUUGUACUUUUCUUUGAAUAUACUGUAUUUUCACUGCCGCUUCUUGAUGUAAAUAUCAUAGUUUUUUGUAAAGAUGUCAAUAUUUUUAUUGAUGAAGGGGUUUUGAUACAAAGAUCGUCUUGUUUUAAGAUAAUUUUAUUAAAAUAGAUUUUUCAUA